AAAAUAUGACGAGCAAAAAUCGCACAAUUAGAAAUAUGGUAUAUUCAAGUGCUUGCAUAAGUUCUUAUUGCCACAGAUAAGGUUUCUGUGCUACAUAUUUAAAGGAAUUUGGCUCUUGAAUCGCACACACAAGAGUUUAAUUUGAGAGCAGAGUAAGGAGUUGACAAUUUCAACCAAAUUAAAUAUGGGAAAACUUGCGCUAGGCCUUCUUUUGGCUCUUGGGUUUGCAGCGACAUCUGCCCUAUCCUUGCCCAAGUACAGAAUCAGCCCCAGGGCAUGUCCUAGCUUCACCACCAAGCCUGAUUUUGAAGUUGUUCCAUACCUUGGUGAGUGGUUUGAGCAAAAGACUUUCCCUUCACCCUUCCAAGAUCAUUUCUCCUGCGUCAGGGCACGCUAUUCUCCCCUGGAUGAUGGCACUGUGGAAGUGUACAACGUUGCAACCAACUUGGAUGGUGAACCUGAAGUCAUUCUUGGCUAUGCUUACCAAGCAAAUCCAGAAGCAGAACCUGGCAUGCUAAGUGUUGUCUUUCCAGGCACACCCGGAGGGAUGUAUGCAGUGCUGGACACGGAUUACGUGAAUUAUGCAGCCGUGUACUCCUGCCAAGACCUUGGGCCUCUGUACUUGGAAUUUGCAUGGGUUCUGGCUCGAGAGGUCAAUGCCACGCAAGAGGUCGUUGACGAGGCCCUGUCGAAAUUCGAGCAAUUCCAAAUCGACAUCAGCAAGUUUUACGACACUCAACACCCCGCGAGCUGUGUUUAUGACCCCUGAAUGUUUUUUUUUUCUCUCGAAUGUAUAUCUCUUUUUUUUUCUAGCCACUGAUGACAUUUGUUUUUCUGUCAAGUGUGACUGCUGAAAGCGAAAAUGAAUGAAUUAUGUGACGAGU